AUGGUGCUCGCAACCUCCUCGCAAGCGGCUGUUCUAGCCCUCCGCGACAUGCAAAACCAACUGGCUGCAGCUUUUGCGGAUAUUAACAAACUCAAAGACGAAAAGGAGGUUGUUGAACGGGAAGCAUCCAAAUUUACUGAUACGUUGCAAGAGGAGCUUCGAGGCAAGGAAGAACUUAUGCAAGGGCUGCGGAGAGAGAUUUCAAGCAUGAAAGAAAUGCUUGGUGACUUGAAGACUGCUUUGGAAGGGACGCUGGAAGAAAAUUCACGACUUAAAGAGGCAGGCCAGCUUGCUGAGGUGGCUGCCAGCAAAUAUCAGAGUGAAGCUACAGCUUUGCAGCUGAAGUUCGAGUCAUGCACCAAGGCAAUGGAAGACAAUCGUGCUGAUGGGUUACAGUUGUCCCAUGAGCUCAGUUUGGCAAGACAGAAUCAAGCACAAUUGCAGGAGGAGCUAAAAAAGGAAAGCCGCAUCAGCAGCGAACUGUCACAGCAACUCAAUGCUUGCAGAAACGCAAAGAGAGAAGUUGAGAGCGAUCUGCGAGAUGCACAUGAAGCAGUCAGCAAACUGGUGCGACAUACCAGGACAUGGGACACAAACUGCUCAACAAGAAGGCCUACAUUGACAUCUUCCACGUGA